UUUUUUUUUUUGGAAAGAAUCGAAGAAUGCCCGCACAGAUGUUAGCAUUCUCCAUUGAUAGAAGUUUGUAUUACAACUUUAUUGUAGAACUUUAUUAUUUUCAGUACUCUAAUACCGUUACGUUUUGGUGACACUAGGUAGUUAUUUAAUAGUUAAGUUGCGUUAUCCUUCGUUGUACAAAAUGUGUCAGCUAACUAACGUUAGCUAACGUUAGCUAGCUAACAGCUAACGUUAGCUUCCCAAGCGCAGAGUUCAACACUUUAAAUUAAUGCUUUUGGACUAGCUUUAGCUAGAUAAACUUGUAAUUACUGGUGUUAAUUUCCGAAGGUAAUAUUAUAUAUUUACCAACAAUAAAACAUGUCCAACUAAUAUUUACGUAACCAGACUGCCGAGAUACUCGCUAACGUUAGCUACUACGGUACGGAACCAGUAGCAAGUAUCUGCUACGGCCCAGGGAGGUAGCCAGCAGCACUACACGGUAGUAGUGACAUACUUUGUUCCUCGCACGCGAGUCAGUCUUGAAAAAAACCUCACAUUACAGCAUCUCAGACGAUGGAUGAGAGCCCAGAAGCUGCUGUGGACAAUGAUGACCUUGUUAUUAUUGUGGAAAACGAGGCAGAGAGUUUGCCAGCUGAAGAGGAGAGAGCAAAACAGUUAGGCGGUAGCCUAGGUCUAAUGGAUACUUGCCCUGUCUGCAAGUUGAAUUUCCACAACAGAGAGCCGAAACUUCUACCAUGCCUCCACUCUUUCUGCAAGAAGUGUCUUCCGCCCCCUUCAAGGAACUUGGCAAACGCUGACCAACAACGGCGAGACCCUCAACUUCAAGCUGACAACUCGAAACCACUCAAUGUUAUCCGCUGCCCAGUUUGUCGACAAGAGUGCUGGGAGGUGGAGGUGCUGGAUAACUUCUUUGUGAAGGACUCUGUGGAGGUUCCCAGCAGCACUGUGGAGAAGACCAGUCAGGUGUGUAUGAGUUGUGAUGACAAGACCGAAGCCACAGGGUUCUGUGUGGAAUGUGUGGAGUUCUUGUGUGUAACGUGCAUUGAAGCCCACCAGAGGGUCAAGUUCACCAGAGAUCAUACCAUACGGCAGAAGGAGGAGAUGUCCCCAGGCACAAUUCUUGUGUGUCUAAUUUCAGAGGCUGUGGGUGCGUCCACGCAGAAGCCAGUGUUCUGUGACAUCCACAAGCAGGAGCCCCUCAAGCUGUUCUGUGAGACCUGUGAUCGUCUCACCUGCAGGGACUGUCAGCUGCUCAAGCACAAAGACCACAAUUACCAGUUUCUUGAUGAUGCCUACAGAAACCACAGGCAACACCUGGAGAACAUGACUCAUCAGCUACAGGAAAAGAGGAAAGCCAUAGAAGAAGUUUCCAAUUGCAUUAACAAUGGACUCCAGCAAGUUGAUGAAAACCGCAAAUCUGUCACCAAUGAGAUAAAGAAGUCCAUUUGCAACCUGAUCAUGGAGAUCAACAGAAAGGGGAAGAUCUUAGUCAAUCAACUUGAGGCACUGACAAAGGACCAUGAGGUCGGACUGAAGAAACAGCAAGAAGAUGUCAGUCACCUCACCAGACAUCUGGAUCACGUGAUCAACUUCACCAAGUGGGCCACGGCCAGUCACAGUGGCACAGCUCUCCUGUACUGCAAGAGAUUGAUUCUUUGCCAAAUCCAUUACCUGAUGAGAGCCAACUGUAACGCAUCCAUCGUCCCACAGAGCCUAGUCCGCUUUCAGUGUCGCUCCGGUUUCUGGGCCUCAAAUGUUGAUCUUGGCGCUUUGGCGGUGGAGAGAAUCCCAGGUCGUCAGCCCAGUUCCAUACAGCAGGGCUUCCCUCCUGGCCACCCUGGCCAGGCUGGCCCUGGCCCCAGAGGAGAGGGCCCUCCUGGAGCCUUCCCUCCCGGCUCCUCUGCCCACCAGCGUGGGAGCACCUUGGCCCAGCUCCAGCUGCAAGUAGAGAAGCUAGCCCAACACCCAAACAGGGCUGGACAGCCCCCACCCAACCACUGGUCCUGGUACCAGCAGGGACUGAGGCUCCCAGGGCCAGGACCAGGAGGCCCCGCUCCACAGAGACCCCACCAGGGGGGUUCUCCGUCUCAGGGCCCCCCUAACAUGGUCCAGAUCCAGCAGCCAGGCCGGAGGUAUGGACCCCCUGGGCCCCAGACCCAUCCUAACCCCAGGAGCCCCACCUCUAUGCUGCAAACCACAAACUUCCCUCCUCAGUCUCUUAGGGAUCUCAUCCACAACUCCAGCUUCCCUCCCAAACCCAUGGAUGUGCUGCAGGGUACCUCACGCUACUCGCAUGCACUGCCUCCAAACACCGGACCCAUUAGCACUCAAGCCACUAUUCACCAGCGUAACAUGAUGGAAGCUGCACAGUUGAGGAGGGGUGACCCCAGUGGAUCUUCAUCCAUGCCCAACCCUAGAGCUAGUUACGCGCCGAGCCUAGCCACCACCAUCCCCGACAGACAUGCUCAAGGAAGACAGAAUUCCCCAAUGUCCAAACCUUCCUCCUCUGAAUCCAGUGCAGGGUCUGCUUCCUGGAAGCGCACAGAGCCUCAGGCUGCCGCCCCCGCCAUCUCAGCAAAGAGGAGGCGCAGGUCAUCCCCCGGACCAAUCAUCAUCAUCAAGGACGAGCCAGAGGACGACGACGAAGUCAGCUUUGUGCAGUCUAGUGUUAGAGCCUCGGCCAGCCUGCCAGACAGCAGUACAGGCGUCCAGCCCCAGUCCCUGCCUCAGCCCCAGCAGCCGUCUCCCCCAGAUCCGGGCCCCGUUGUGGAGCCCCAGCCAGAGCCCCAGCCGGAGCCCCUGCCCCGAGCAGAGACCCAGGUUGAGCUAGAAGCUGACCCACAGCCCGAGCCCGACAAGGCCCCGGGGGCCCCGGAUGAGGAUCCCAAUGAAGACUGGUGCGCUGUGUGUCAGAACGGGGGAGAACUGCUCUGCUGCGACAAAUGUCCCAAAGUCUUCCACCUCAACUGUCACAUACCCACACUUAAAGAGUCCCCCAGUGGUGAGUGGUUCUGUUCCUUCUGUCGUGACCUGACCAGUCCUGAGAUGGAAUAUGACCCAGACAACCAGGGACAAUCACCGGCCAUGAAGGAAGAACCUGGAUCAGAGGGAUUCCCUCCUGUUGAUAAAAGGAAAUGUGAGCGACUCUUGCUCCGCAUCUACUGCAAUGAGUUCAGCACAGAUUUCCAAGAGCCUGCUUCACCAUCGUCCAUCCCAGAGUAUAAAGAGUUGAUUGAGACGCCUAUGGACCUAUCCAUUGUGAAGAACAGGCUGGAAUCUAAGGAGAGCCCACGCUAUUCCAGCGCUGAGGAGUUUGUCAAGGACGUCAGGCUCAUAUUUAGGAACUGUGCGAAGUAUUACCAGGCGGACACAGAGGUGGGAGGUGCAGGACUUAGUCUGGAGGAGUACUUUGAGGAGCAACUGAAGCUCCUCUUUCCCGAUAGGAUAUUUCCUGGGGGCCGAGAAGAGGGCAUGAUACCCCCUGUGGAGGAUGAGAUGGAAGAAGGCAUGGAAGAGGACGGGAUGGCUCCCAACGAAGGGGAUAUGCCCCCUGUCGAGGAAGACCUAACACCAUUUGAAGAAGGGAUGCCUUCUGUAGAGAAAGAAGGCCCGGAAGAGGGGCCAGCUCUUGUGGCAGGAGGGAUCGAGGAAGACGGAAUACCUCCUUUAGAAGAGAGCAUGGAGGAGGGAGGGGAAGGGACUUCUCUAGUCAAAGGAGAUACAGAAACAUCACCUGGUGGUGUACUGGCAGAUCCAUCAACACAGGUUUCAUCAUCCCCCAUCACUCAGCCUUCUUCAGAUACCCCUGACAACCCUUCUGAAACCCCUGGCAACCUGGACAACCCACCUGAAUCCCUGGACAACCCACCUGAAUCCCUGGACAACCCACCUGAAUCCCUGGACAACCCACCUGAAUCCCUGGACAACCCACCUGAAUCCCUGGACAACCCACCUGAAUCCCUGGACAACCCACCUGAAACCCCGGACAACCCACCUGAAACCCCGGACAACCCUUCUGACAACCCAGACAACCCUCCUGAAACCCCGGACAACCCCACUGAGAGCCUGGACAAUGCCCAUGACACCCCGGACAACCCCACUGAGAGCCUGGACAACGUCCCGGACAACCCAACGGAGAGCCUGGACAACGCCCCUGACACCCCGGACAACCCCACUGAGAGCCUGGACAACACCCCUGACAACCCAACUGACACCCCGGACAACCCCACUGAGACCACAGACACCAGCCUGGAUUUUAACUCAACCACAGAAAAUGAGGGCAAGACGGAAUGUGAGACGGACAAAGCUGAAGAGGAAUGAUUCUUGUUCUUCCACUGUAAAUUGGACAGGCAAUUAAGCGUUUUCAAUUAUCUAUCUAUAGGAUCUGUUCCCUAAUGUACAGGGAGACAUUUUUGCUGCAUCGGACACCUUUUUGAUAUGAUUUGCAAUAAUAAUUAAAAGAGACCCAAGAUAUAUAACAGGGUACAAUGGACAAUGAAUGCACAAAUGUUGUUUGUCUUCAUUACAAAGCAAUGUACAUAUAUUAACUAGUAAUGCACAGACUUUUGUCUGUUAAGAUUGAAAAGUUACAAUCAUGAUGUAACUGUUGAUGAUAAACUUUAUACAAUAACACUCAUGACACACAAAUAAUGUC